AUGGCCCUACCGAUACUCUGGGCUGGACAGGCCAAGGGGAUCCUAGGUGGCUGGGGAAUCAUCUGCUUGGUGAUGUCUCUACUCCUCCAGCACCCAGGAGUCCACAGCAAGUGCUACUUCCAAGCUCAAGCCCCCUGUCACUAUGAGGGGAAAUACUUUACCCUGGGUGAGUCUUGGCUCCGCAAGGACUGUUUCCAUUGCACCUGUCUGCAUCCUGUUGGUGUGGGCUGCUGUGACACGUCCCAGCAUCCCAUUGACUUCCCUGCUGGGUGUGAGGUACGUCAGGAGGCAGGAACCUGCCAGUUCUCCCUGGUGCAAAAAUCUGACCCUCGGCUGCCCUGCAAAGGGGGAGGGCCUGACCCGGAGUGGGGCUCAGCCAACACCCCUGUUCCUGGGGCUCCUGCUCCCCACUCCAGCUAAACUCAACUGAUCACCCGUCUGCUGACUGCUCACUGCUGCUGCCACUUCCAGGGAAACCACUAGCGGCUGCCAAUUUAUUCUGAAUAAAUAAAUUAAUGCUACAGCUGAAA